AGCGCCUUGGUUGACAUUGUUGUUGUUGUAAGUAAGAAAUUACUUUGUCGUUGAGUCCUGUUUUGGAUUUACUGUAGACUGCAACCUCUGGAUUAGCUCAAAGUCAGGAACAACUGGUCUAAUAAACGUGGAGGUUUUCACAAUAUUUGUCAAGAGGGAGGACCAUUAUGGGACGAUGAAAGAUAUAUCUGCGAGGCCGCUCAAGGUGUGUCUGGACGUGUAAGGCAAGUUGAAGAGCCCCUCUCCCCCUUCCCCUUGGUCCAGUGGUCUUGUCGGGGAGGGUGGAUCCCCUGUGUUUUUUCUGCCCUGACGCCCCCCGCCGCCCUGUAAAUUCAUGAUCACAUGACCUUGGAUAUGGACGCAGUCCUGUCCGACUUUGUCCGUUCCACUGGAGCCGAACCAGGACUAGCCAGAGAUCUGCUAGAGGGGAAGAACUGGGAUCUCACCGCCGCCCUCAGCGACUUUGAACAGCUGCGACAAGUGCACGCUGGGAACCUGUCGUACUCUUUUGCUGAGGGGAGGACGUACCCAGCCCCGGAGAAGGAGAUGGCCAGGGUGGGGCGGCCCCUUCUUCACCGUCAAGAUGAGGUGCUGCAAGGUGAGAACAAUGCCACAGAGAAGCGUCUAUCGAGAGGGAUCUCCCAUGCCAGCUCUACCAUUGUGUCCCUGGCGCGGUCACACGUCUCCAGUACGGGCAGCAGUAGUAGUGAGCCCCUUCUGGACACGCCUCUGUGCACGUUCCAGCUGCCGGACCUCACCGUGUACCGGGACGACUUCCGCGGCUUCAUCGAGAGGGACCUCAUCGAGCAAUCUAUGAUGGUGGCCUUAGAGCACGCUGGCCGACUCAAUUGGUGGACACGGGUGGGACCUAACUGUCAGAGUCUAUUGCCACUGGCGACGAGUGGGGACGGAAACUGCCUGUUACAUGCAGCAUCAUUGGGUAUGUGGGGCUUUCAUGACCGUGACCUGAUGCUGCGGAAGUCUCUGUAUGCACUGAUGGACCACGGCCAGGAGAGGGAGUCGCUGAGACGCAGGUGGAGGUGGCAGCAGACCCUGCAGAACAAAGAGUCUGGUCUGGUGUACACGGAAGAGGAGUGGCAGAAGGAGUGGAAUGAGCUGCUAAAACUGGCCUCCAGUGAACCUAGGAUACACUACAGCACCAAUGGCAGCAAUGGGACGGAGUCAUCAGAGGAGCCUGUGUACGAGAGUCUGGAGGAGUUUCACGUGUUCGUCCUGGCCCAUGUCCUGAGGAGGCCCAUAGUAGUGGUGGCAGACACCAUGCUCAGAGACUCUGGAGGAGAGGCUUUUGCCCCCAUCCCAUUCGGAGGGAUCUAUCUGCCCCUGGAGGUGCCAGCUGCCAAGUGCCAUCGCUCGCCCUUAGUACUGGCGUACGACCAGGCCCACUUCUCUGCCCUCGUCUCCAUGGAGCAGAAGGACGGCUCCAAAGAGCAAGUUGUGAUCCCUCUCACUGAUUCAGAACACAAAAUGCUGCCUGUACACUUUGCAGUGGACCCUGGGAAGGACUGGGAAUGGGGCAAGGAUGAUAUGGACAAUGUCAUGUUGGCAAGUGUGACCCUGUCCCUGGAGGCGAAACUCCAGCUGCUACACAGCUACAUGACUGUCACCUGGCUGCCCCUGCCCUGUGAGCAGGCACCUUUGGCCCAGCCCGAGUCCCCCACCGCCUCUGCAGGAGAGGACGCCCGCACCCCUCCCGACUCAGGAGAAUCCGACAAGGAGUCGGUCAGCAGCAGCUCCAAUGGCAACGGUGAUGCGAUGACGACAGCAGGGUCGGCCAGCGCAGGUGGAGGUGCGUCGGCUAAGAACAGCUCCUCCUCCUCCAGCUCGUCCAGUAACAGCUCGGCGGCGACGGGGGAAAAGGAGAAGACCAAGAAGGAGAAGGACAAAGACAAGAAGAGGGCUGACUCUGUGGCCAACAAGCUGGGCAGCUUCGGCAAGAGCCUGGGCAGCAAGCUGAAAAAGAACGUGGGCGGGCUGAUGACCGGGAAGAAUGCAGGAGGAGGCGGGGCUAAGCAAGAGGGCACAGAGAAGAAGAAAAGUUCGCUGAGGGGGCGGAAGGGCAGCAAGGACAGCUCGCCUUCGGCCCACGCCUCCGAGGACUCUGGGAAGGGCUCUCCGUCAUCGGGCAGCGAGCGUCAGAAUGGCACGGGCGGCGGCAGCAGCGGCGGAAGCAGCGAGAGUGACCCGUAUAAGUACAGCGCUGACGUGAAGGCGAGCCUGGGCAUCAUGCGGGCGGCCAUGCAGGGCGAGAGGAAGUUCAUCUUCGCUGGCCUGCUCACCACCAGCAACCGCCAGCCCUUCCAGGAGGAGAUGAUCCAGCGCUACCUGUCUGAUGCUGAGGAGCGCUUCCGGGUCGAGCAGGAGCAGCAGCGGAGAGAGGCAGAGCGGAAAGGAAGCACCAACGGCAUCCAGCAGCCCAAGAAGGAGGCAUCGACGGGCACAGAGGUGGGCUACCGCACCUAUGAACCGAAAGAGGAGCCGGCUGAGAGCUCACCGCCCACCUUCAGCCACCUCAAGUCGUCCUCAUUCAGCCCCUCACUCUACUCCGGCGUGGUGCCCAUCCCCCGGCCAACCUUCAUGGACCAGUCGUCCUCCCCGGCCCCCGCCCCGCUCACUCAGCACCCGCACAUGCACGGCUACAUGGAGACGCGGCGCCAGCUGGCAGGCGGCUCCCCAGCAUUGUCCUAUCCCGGCCUGCCCUCCUACGCCACCCUCCCCCGCCACUGCCCCAUGGCGCAGGGCCCCCCUCACCCCCAGUACCACCCCCCGCAGGCACCGGCACCCCUCAGCCCCUCUCGCGUCAUCCCCUCUUUCUCCCCCUCGUACCUCCCCGAGCACGACCCUCCAGACUACCCCACCUCGGUGCCUGUAGGUGGCUGCUACACUAACGGAUUCCGGGAUGUGCACUCCGGCCUGGAUGUUCCUCGCAGCGGGCCUCUCCCGGUCAGGCACUACUCCUUGGGCAGCGCCGGAGGCCUGUCCAGCCUCCAGUCCAGCCGCUGCCGGACACCCAGCUGCAACUACUACGGACACCCCGAGACGGGCAACUACUGCUCUUGCUGCUACCGUGAGGAGCUGAAGAGGAGGGAGACGGAGCCGGCCAUCCACAGGUUCUGAAUGGACGGACUGACCAGAACUGGCUUUGUGGCCACCAACCACAAGGAAACUGAUGGAUGAGGUUUCCUGCUAUAGGACGAUACAGAGCCUGGCCCUCUCCCUCCUUCUCAUCGCAACACUUCUUUCUCUAAAGGCAACACUGUUUGUGGAGAGUCCUGGACAGGAUCAGUACAGUGACUUCAGAGACUGGAGUGAAGGGGGUUGUGGCUGGAGGCCGCUGCGGCGAGCGUUAGACAAUAGGACUGUGCACUUCUGUUACAUUUGCUGUGGCUCUUAUGCAGGCGCUGUGUGUGUGUGUGUGUGUGUGUGAACUGCAGGCUCUCCUCCGCUUUGUCCCCUCGUCGCCUCGCAUCUGUCUCCUCCUGGUGGAGAGAAUGUAUACGGCAGGCGAUACACGCACACUUACAUUCACAUUACACACAAACUAACACUACACAAGCACAACCAGAAACGUCUUGAUUAUCACUCCACUCCAUAUGUGGAGACGAGCUGUAUUUGGCCCUGUAAAUUGGUGGUAUUUUAAAAUAUGAGUCAGCCCUUCGAUGUCUUGUUAGUCUAUACCAGAGGGUUAAAGACGUAUGCAGACGGACUAGCCUAGGGCAUUACUGUUACUGGCUGCUCAUGUUUGACUUGGGAAUGAACAGAGCUCUUUCCUGAUGAGUACUUGGGCUUAUUUUGCGUUGGUCCUCGCUCUUGUAAUGCAAAUUGAAACUACAGUAUUAUGUUACAGUAGUUGCUGUUCUGUGGGCUGCUAUGGUGCUGCUAACGUUCCAGAAUGCAACAGACCCCCUAUAUACAAGUUCAUCUCAAAUAUAAACAGGCAAAACAGAUAGCCCUAUCCACCGUUAAGAUGCCUUUUAUGGCAAAGUAGCCAUCCAAUCUAAAUUCACCAUUGUGUCCAAACCAUAUUGUGUCCAGAUGUCAGUCAAGUACAUUUUAAAACUUCUACCAUUUUUAGACGUCUCCCAGUAUCAAUUAUAGAACAAACAUGGCGGAGUACUGUGGUAGAUAUUCCAAAUGGCUAAUAUACAGUAUUUAAUAAGGUUGCUAGAAUCUUACUGUUCCUGACUUGUCUUCGUCUUUCUAUAUUCAUCAUGAAAAUGAGGCAUUUCAAUAAUAUGCUGGUACAUUUAGGGUCAUCCAACACUACUAAACCGGCAUUCAGAACACAAACUCCCCUCGCAUUUUCAGCUCAAGACCUCAAGGUAAUCAGUACGUGCUAAACUGAUGAACGUUCACAUUUUGUUUGAAAAAGACACUGUCCAUUGGAACAUUGUCCACUGACAUUGUAACUGUCAAUUAGUCUCUGCUUCUCUUGUGGCUGAGAAAGGUAACAGGUAUUUUAUGGAAUCUCGUCCAUAGGGCUGUGUUACUUUGGUCUAAAUAUUGUUACUUUUCGUGAAUACCUACUUAUGGCAAACCCCAAAUUCCUGACAUGGACACCCCAUUGAUAUGAUUCAAAAGAAGUUGGAUUGUUUAACCCAACCCCCCCUCAAGUCCUAUUGAGGGCAUUGUGUUGAUUCCAAACAAGUGACUGACCCCCGUCGCUUAACCUCUUUCUGCACAAAUUCAAGCACUUUCCUAAUGUCCAUACACAUUUUAUUACCGUUUUGAAGGUAUCUGACUGUUAUGUUGUCCUUAGGUCAUGUCAGAACUGUAGACACUGCCACCUCUACUUGCGGGAGGGCAGAUGCAUGGGCUAGAACCCCUUCUCUAAGGAUACAGUUACCGUGGGUAUAGCUUUUUGGUGCCAGUGUUGCGGUUUAACUCUAUUUCCUAGUUGCCUUUUUCAGUCUCUUGUUCUUGUGGCAUUACAAUCUUGUUUGUAUGUUUUACAAAAUGUGCAUCAGGUGUACAAUACUUGUUUUUGCUGCAGUUUCUCUUCUGGUAUUUUUGUACCCUACUCAGUGUAAAGCCCCUGUUUUUAAUUAUUUUCAUUUUGCACCCAGACAUGGAGUCAUUGUUCGAAGAUCAUAACAAAGCGAUUUAGAGAUCCAAUGUAAAAAAAAAAAAAAAAGAUUCUGGA